AUGGCUUGGUGGACUGGUUCUCUCCCCCGCAGCCUGACGGGACUGCUUCUGAUUGCCCACGGUGCUCUCCUGACGACCGUGGUUGCUGAACCCCAGGUCGUCUCGUUGCCACUGUAUCGCAAUGCGCAUCGCUCCCUCGCCAAGCGGGAUACCGUCACCGCCGCGUUGAGCAACGAUUACUCGGACGGCAUGUUCUGGGUCAAUGCGACGGUGGGCACACCGGGCCAGCCGGUGCAGUUGCAGAUCGACACGGGGAGUAGCGAUAUCUGGAUGAUGGGGGAAUACGCCUGUAUCGAGAUCAGUACGGGAUGUAUUGGUGGAUCGUAUGACGAGCUGAGUUCGUCGACGGUCAGUAUCCUCGAGCACGGGGGCUUCACGAUCGGGUACUUGGACGGGUCCGGAGUCAUGGGAGACUACAUCAGAGAUGACUUUGCUAUUGGUGGGGUCACCGUCAAGGGGAUGACUUUGGCCGUCGCGACGCAGGUCAAAGAUAUCGGCACCGGCGUGAUGGGCAUUGGAUUUGAGUCGGAUGAAUCCAUUGCUGCUCAGGGCGGCCAGCCGUACCGAAAUCUCGUCUCGCAUAUGGUCGGACAGGGUCUGAUCAAGUCUCGCUCCUACAGUCUAUGGCUGAAUGAUAUCAAUGCUCAAACCGGCAACAUCCUCUUUGGCGGCUACGACACGGCCAAAUUCCACGGCGAUCUCGUCGCCAUGAAAGUCCAACCAGAUGCUCAAUCAGGCCAAAUCACCUCCAUGACCGUCGCCUGGACCUCUCUCGCCGUCAACGAUCCCACCCACGGCACCAAAGUCCUCACUCCCAAAUCCUUUGCGCUCCCCGCCGUGCUCGACUCCGGCACCACCCUCACCUACGUACCCCAAGAUCUAUACGACGAACUCGCCUCCUUCGCCAACGUCGUCACGGACUCAUCCUCCGGAUUCGACUUUGUCGACUGCGACGCAGUCAACCAAUACAACGGCACCUUGGACUUUGGCUUUGCCGGUCCCAACGGCCCCGUCAUCUCAGUCCUCUUCUCCGAAAUGGCCAUCCCCGUUAAAGAUGCCAAUGGUAAACAGCAAAAACUCGAGAAUGGCAGUCCAGCCUGCCACUUCGGUCUGUCUCCCGCCCCGGAAAACGAGAUUCUCCUCGGCGAUACCUUCCUACGCUCGGCGUAUGUCGUGUACGAUCUGGAACGCAAGGAGAUUGCCAUUGCCAAGACCAAUUUUAAUAGUGAUCGGUCGAAUAUCGUGGAGAUUGCGCCGAAGAAUUCGACCGCGACGCCCACCUGGAAGUUUGUCGACUCGGUCACGGUGGUGCAGACCAUGACGGUGGUGCCGGGGCAGCCGGGUCAGUUGGGUUCGUUGGCGUUGGCGUCGACGCAUUCGUAUACGCAGACUGAUAUCGGGUUCCAUAUACCCACUGCGACGGGUAAGCAUAAUGCCGCGGGGUCGGUGAGAAUGGUGGACUCGGGUAUCUUGAGUAGUGUGGUUUUGGGUGUGUUUUCGGCGUUGGCUGGAGCGGGGUUCCUUUUCGUGCGGUAA